UUCGGAGCGUGAUAUGUUCGAACGCUUUACAGAAAAAGCAAUAAAAGCAAUUAUGUUAUCUCAAGAAGAAGCUAGAAGACUAGGGCAUAAUUUUGUUGGUACGGAACAAGUAUUAUUAGGUUUAUUAGCUGAAAGUAAUGGAUUAGCCUCAAAGGUCUUGAAGUUAAUGGGAGUAACACUAAAAGAUGCUCGUAUUGAAGUAGAAAAAAUUAUCGGUAGAGGAUCAGGGUUUGUAGCUGUAGAAAUUCCAUUUACACCGCGUGCUAAAAGAGUUUUAGAAUUAGCAAUAGAAGAAGCAAAAUUUAUAGGACAUAAUUAUGUUGGUACUGAACAUCUUCUUUUAGGUCUAUUAAGUGAAGGAGAUGGUGUUGCUACAAAAGUAUUAGAAAAUCUAGGGGUAGAUUUGGAACAGCUGCGUCAACAAACUAUGGAUCUAAUUAUCGAAGAGUCUGAAUUUGUUAAUGCUAAUGCUUACGGGUAUGUAAGAAGUAAGACACCUACUCUUGAAGAAUUUGGAGUUAAUUUAACUCAAUUAGCUAUUGAAGGUAAAUUAGACCCUGUAGUUGGAAGAGAAAAAGAAAUUGAAAGAGUAAUACAAAUUUUAGGAAGAAGAACUAAGAAUAAUCCUGUGCUAAUAGGAGAACCCGGCGUAGGUAAAACUGCUAUAGCAGAAGGUUUAGCUCAAAGAAUCGCCAAACAAGAUGUACCUAAUUUAUUAGAAGAUAAACAGGUUGUGAAUUUAGAUAUAGGAUUAUUAAUUGCAGGUACAAAAUAUAGAGGAGAAUUUGAAGAAAGAUUAAAAAGAAUUAUUGAUGAAAUCCGUGCUAUUAACAAUGUUAUUUUAGUUAUCGAUGAAGUGCAUACUUUAAUAGGUGCAGGCGCAGCAGAAGGAGCAAUUGACGCCGCUAAUAUCUUGAAACCUAUUUUAGCAAGGGGAGAGUUACAGUGUAUUGGUGCAACAACAUUAGAAGAAUAUCGUAAACAUAUUGAAAAAGAUGCUGCUUUGGAAAGAAGAUUUCAACCAAUUAUUGUUGGUGAACCAACUGUAGAAGAAACAAUAGAAAUUUUAUAUGGACUGAGAGAUAGAUAUGAAUUACAUCAUAAACUUGUAAUUUCAGAUGAAGCUUUAAAUGCUGCAGCUAAAUUAGCUCAUCAAUAUAUUUCGGAUAGAUUCCUACCAGAUAAAGCUAUAGAUUUGGUUGAUGAAGCCGGAUCUAGAGUUCGUCUUAUGCAAGCUAAAACUCCUAAAAUUGAAUCUAAUUUAGAUAAGGAAUUAAAAGAAAUUUUAAAGCAAAAAGAAGAAGCUAUUAGAUCACAGGAUUUUACUCAAGCUACUAACUUAAGAGAGAGAGAAAUAGAAAUUAAAUCACAAAUAGUUGCACUAGCUAAAAGUAAAAAAAUAGAAAGCAAAGUUGAAAAAGAUCCUCCUGUAGUUACAGAAGAAGAUAUAGCAGCUGUUGUCUCCUCUUGGACUGGUAUACCUUUAAGUAAAUUAACUAAAUCUGAGUCAGAAAAAUUACUUAAUAUGGAAGAAACUUUACAUAGUAGAAUUAUUGGGCAAGAUGAAGCAGUUAGUGCUGUAUCACGCGCUAUUAGAAGAGCAAGAGUGGGACUAAAAAAUCCUAAUAGACCUAUUGCAAGUUUUAUUUUUUCUGGUCCAACUGGCGUGGGCAAAACUGAAUUAACUAAGGCAUUAGCAUCUUAUUUUUUUGGUUCUGAAAGUGCCAUGGUUCGUUUGGAUAUGUCUGAAUAUAUGGAAAGACAUACAGUAUCAAAGCUAAUUGGGUCUCCACCAGGUUAUGUUGGUUAUAAUGAGGGAGGACAAUUAACUGAAGUUGUACGUCGUAAACCUUACACAGUUAUAUUAUUUGACGAAAUUGAAAAAGCUCACCCAGAUGUCUUUAAUAUAUUAUUACAAAUUUUAGAAGAUGGAAGAUUAACUGAUGCUAAAGGACAUACUGUUGAUUUUAAAAACACUUUAUUAAUUAUGACUUCUAAUAUUGGUUCAAAAGUUAUAGAUAAAGGUGGUAGUAAUUUGGGAUUUGAAUUAUCUGCUAGUCAGAUGGAAUCACAUUAUAAUCGUAUUCGUUCAUUAGUCAAUGAAGAACUCAAACAAUAUUUUAGGCCAGAGUUUAUAAAUCGUUUAGAUGAAAUUAUAGUAUUUAGACAAUUAACUAAAAAUGAAGUUGGUGAAAUUGCUAACUUAAUGCUGAAAGAAGUUUUUGAUAGAUUAGAGAAAAAAAAUAUAAAAAUUGAAGUAACAGAUCGUUUUAAGGGUAGAUUAAUAGAAGAAGGUUAUAAUCCAGUUUAUGGUGCUCGUCCUUUGAGAAGGGCUGUUAUGCGUUUAUUAGAAGAUAAACUUGCUGAGGAGAUAUUAUCUCAAAGAUUACAAGCUUCAGAUACUGCUGUAGUUGAUUUAGAUGAAAAUAAUCAAGUUAUUAUUUUAACAAGUAAAAAUUCUAUAGAUGACAAUAAACGUGUAUUAAAUGAAGAUAGUGAAAAUUUAGAAAAUGGUGUACAUGCUGGAUCAGAAAGUAGAGAGUUAGUAGAAGUGUAAUUAUAUGUAUAAUAUUACAUAUAAUUACACUUGAUAAUUAAUUUUUUA